AUGCUGCGUCUUGAGCAGUACACCGGCAUUACGGAGGAGUGGAUCCUGACAAACCCUAACUUCACAGCGCACCCCUUCCACAUUCACGUGUACCCAUUCCAGGUCAAGUAUGUCAAGAGCAAGCUGAACAAGGUUUAUCCUGAUGUCGUGGAGACGCCCGCCGAGAAGGAGAAUUUUAAGUCCUUGACCAGUGAUACCUAUAAGGACGACGGCGACACAUACAGCCACUGGCGCGACACCAUCAUCAUUCCUGCCUAUGGCGAGGUGAAAAUCUGGAUUCGCUUUGACACUCUGCCCAAGAAAUAUGACCUGAAUGGCAAAACCGUGUUCCACUGCCACUUCCUGCCUCACGAAGACACAGGCAUGAUCACCAGCUGGCGCUUGCACGAUGGCAAGUAG